AUGAAAUUUAUUGAAAAGCUUGAAAAUCGACUUCUUGGUAGUAAGUUUAGAUUGUUGAAUGAUAAGCUAUACAAAAAUAGAAAGAUUAAUGACAAUGACAUGAAAGAUUAUUACAAGUAUUAUGAAUACCAAAUUAGAAAAUGGCCAGUAAAUCCGUUAGAUUUGAUUAUUAAAAAAAUUGAAGACAAGAAUAAAGAAGCAGUUAUAGCAGAUUUGGGAUGUGGAGUAGGAAAAAUAAGUCAGACUUUCAAAAAUGUUUUUUCUUUUGAUGCAUUUCCAAUUAAUAAGAAUAUUAUUAAAGCUGAUAUUUCUGCGCUCCCUUUAGAUGAUAAAAAGAUUGAUGUUGUAGUGUGUUGUUUAAGUUUGAUGAUGGAUUAUAUUUCUAAAGUUUUAUUAGAAGUAUCGAGAAUAUUAAAAAUAGAUGGGAUUUUUUAUUUGGCAGAAGUAAAAAGUCGUGUUAAUAGUGUUAAUUAUUUUUGUAAACAGCUAGAACAAUUUGGUUUUUCUAUCUUAAAUUGUGAUACAUCUAAUACGCAUUUUGUUAUUAUAGAACUUAAGAAAGAUAAAGAUUUUUGUAAAAAGAAGAUACCAAAAGUUUUAUUGAAGCCUUGCAGUUACAAAAAAAGAUAA